AUGGGCUUCGAGCUGGACCGCUUCGACGGGGAUGUGGACCCGGACCUUAAGUGUGCGCUGUGCCACAAAGUCCUGGAGGACCCACUGACCACGCCGUGCGGCCACGUCUUCUGCGCCGGCUGCGUGCUGCCCUGGGUGGUGCAGGAGGGCAGCUGCCCUGCGCGCUGCCGCGGUCGCCUGUCGGCCAAGGAGCUCAACCACGUCCUGCCGCUCAAGCGCCUCAUCCUCAAGCUGGACAUCAAGUGCGCGCACGCGGCGCGCGGCUGCGGCCGGGUGGUCAAGCUGCAGCAGCUGCCGGAGCACGCCGAGCGCUGCGACUUCGCGCCCACCCGCUGCCGCCACCCGGGCUGCGGCCAGGUGUUGCUGCGGCGCGACGUGGAGACGCAUAUGCGCGACGCGUGCGACGCGCGGCCCGUGGGCCGCUGCCAGGAGGGCUGCGGGCUGCCCCUGACGCACGGCGAGCAGCGCGCCGGCGGCCACUGCUGCGCGCGGGCUCUGCGGGCGCACAACGGCGCCCUGCAGGCCCGCCUCGGCGCGCUGCACAAGGCGCUCAAGAAGGAGGCGCUGCGCGCAGGCAAGCGCGAAAAGUCCCUAGUGGCGCAGCUGGCCGCGACACAGCUGGAGUUGCAGAUGACAGCGUUGCGUUACCAGAAGAAGUUCACCGAGUACAGCUCGCGCCUGGACUCGCUCAGCCGCUGCGUGGCCGCGCCGCUCGGUGACAAGGGUGAAGAAACCAAAAGCCUGACUCUUAUCCUGCACCGAGAUGCUGGCUCCCUGGGAUUCAAUAUUAUUGGAGGCCGGCCCAGUAUGGACAACCAAGAUGGAUCGUCCAGUGAAGGAAUCUUUGUAUCCAAAGUAGUUGACAGUGGGCCUGCAGCCAAGGAAGGAGGCCUGCAAAUUCACGACAGGAUUAUCGAGGUAAACGGCAAAGAUUUAUCCCGAGCCACCCAUGACCAAGCAGUGGAGGCUUUCAAGACCGCCAAAGAGCCCAUCGUGGUCCAGGUGUUGCGGAGGACACCUCGGACCAAAAUGUUCACGCCCCCCUCAGAGCUGCAGCUGGUGGACACGGGGACUCAGACGGACAUCACCUUUGAGCACAUCAUGGCGCUCUCCAAGCUGCCCUCCCCGGCCCCGCCCCUGCUGGAUCCCUACCUUCUACCAGAAGAGCAUCCCUCCGUCCACGAAUACUACGAUCCCAGUGACUACAUUGGAGGCAUCCCUCAGGAGAUGGACAGGGAGGAGCUGGAGCUGGAGGAAGUAGACCUGUACAGAGUGAACAGUCAGGACAAGCUGGGCCUCACGGUGUGCUACCGCACAGACGACGAAGACGACAUCGGGAUUUACAUCAGUGAGAUCGACCCCAACAGCAUUGCAGCCAAGGAUGGGCGCAUCCGGGAAGGAGACCGCAUUAUCCAGAUUAACGGGAUAGAGGUACAAAACCGCGAAGAGGCUGUGGCUCUUCUAACAAGUGAAGAAAACAAGAACUUCUCCCUGCUGAUCGCAAGGCCUGAGCUCCAGCUGGACGAAGGCUGGAUGGACGACGACCGCAACGACUUUCUGGACGAGCUGCACAUGGACAUGCUCGAGGAGCAGCACCAGCAGGCCAUGCAGUUCACAGCCAGCGUGCUGCAGCAGAAAAAACACGAGGAAGAUGGCGGCACCACAGACACCGCCACGAUCUUGUCCAACCAGCACGAGAAGGACAGCGGUGUGGGGCGCACAGACGACAGCACCCGCAACGACGAGAGCUCGGAGCAGGAGAACAAUGCGGACGACCCCACGGCGUCCUCCAACCCGCUGGCCGGGCAGAGGAAGCUGACCUGCAGCCAGGACACGCUGGGCAGCGGUGACCUGCCCUUCAGCAACGAGUCCUUCAUCUCGGCCGACUGCGCCGACGCCGACUACCUGGGCAUCCCCGUGGACGAGUGCGAGCGCUUCCGGGAGCUCCUGGAGCUCAAGUGCCAGGUGAAGAGCGCCGGCCCCUAUGGCCUGUGCUACGGCAGCAGCCCCCUGGACGCCAGCAAGAGCGACCCCGAGAGCGUGGACAAGGAGCUGGAGCUGCUCAACGAGGAGCUGCGCAGCAUCGAGCUGGAGUGCCUGAGCAUCGUGCGCGCGCACAGGCUGCAGCAGCUCCAGGAGCAGUGCCGCGAGCCCUGGGGGCUGCCCGGCGGCGGCGGCGGCUUCCGGAGCUGCAGCAGCUUCGACGUCCGCCGGCACCAGCUGUCCGACAUCACCGAGCUCCCGGAGAAGUCCGACAAGGACAGCUCGAGCGCCUACAACACCGGGGAGAGCUGCCGGAGCACCCCGCUCACCUUGGAAAUCUCCCCCGACAGCUCCCUGAGGAGAGCGGCCGCCGAGGGCGGCCCGAGCAGCAGCGAGGGGGCCGCGGGGCCCGGCGACGCUUACGGAGGAACCCCAAAGAAUCCGCUGGCCAUCACGGAGGACCCUGAGCGCGGCAGCCCCAGCUACGGCCCCUCGCCGGCGGCCGAGCUGGCCCUCAGCCAGCCCCUGGAGUGCAGGGAGAGGAAGGCCAGCGAGGGCAGCCGGAGCCCCACCCCGAGUCAGAAGCUGGGGGGCUCCUACCUGCCCCCCUACCACCAUUCGCCCUACAAGCACGCGCACAUCCCGGCCCACGCCCAGCACUACCAGAGCUACAUGCAGCUGAUCCAGCAGAAGUCGGCCGUGGAGUACGCGCAGAGCCAGAUGAGCCUGGUGAGCAUGUGCAAGGACCUGAACGCCGCCAGCCAGGCGGAGCCGAGGAUGGAGUGGAAGGUCAAGAUCCGGAGCGAUGGCACCCGCUACAUCACCAAGAGGCCCGUGAGGGACCGCCUGCUGCGGGAGCGCGCCCUCAAGAUCCGCGAGGAGCGCAGUGGCAUGACCACCGACGACGACGCCAUCAGCGAGCUGAAGAUGGGGCGCUACUGGAGCAAGGAGGAGCGGAAGCAGCACCUGGUGAAGGCCAAGGAGCAGAGGCGCCGGCGCGAGUUCAUGAUGCAGAGCAGGUUGGACUGUCUGAGAGAGCAGCAGGGCGCCGAUGACAAGAAGGAGAUGAACAUCAUUGAACUGAGCCACAAAAAGAUGAUGAAGAAGCGGAACAAAAAGAUAUUUGACAAUUGGAUGACAAUCCAAGAACUCCUAACCCACGGCACAAAGUCUCCGGAUGGCACUAGAGUAUACAAUUCUUUCUUAUCCGUGACGACUGUAUAAUUUACGCUCUGGUAUUCUGUACAGAAAACAAAACAAACAACAAACAAAAAACUACCAUUGAGGUAGAGAUUCCUGCCUCGUUCAAUGCGGCAAGCUUUUGUAUAUAAAAUAAAUACAGUCACCAUGUGCAUAGUUGGAGGUGUGAACUUUACAACGCUGGGUGGCAUAGCUCUAUUUUAACAGGAGGUAGACUGCCCUUACUAUCUCAGAAGGCAAUAUUAACGAGUGAGCUUUUUUUCGAAUAGCAAUUGUACUUUUUUACUUGUUAUCUUUUACAUAAAGUGCUUAAAUUUCUCAAAAAAGGCCUUUUAUUAAGUAUACUUUCACAAGAUAAUUUGUUGAAGCUAUAUUCAUAUAAGAAAAGUUACACAUGCUUUUUUUCCUGCCGAAAACACAAAGACAACUGCCAGUAUGUAUUUUUAAAGGAGCCCUAUUUUAUAAAGUUGCUUUGCUAAAUGUGUUUCAUAUGAGUGGCCAUUAAUCCAUUACUUAGGUCAAGGUUUCCACUCAGACUACCAAACCCUUUAAUACACAUAACCAAAGCAGCAGUGUUUAGCCUUUGGAGAGAUCAAUGUAAGCAUACUUCUGGUCAAGGUUCCCAAGAGGGUGUAAAGGCUAGUAAUGGAGAACAGGCAGCAGCGUCACGGAAGAUGAAAGCAUGUUCGCAAGUAAUGCCACCUGUCGGAAGAAUUUGCAUGUACAGGAAAGUUGUGGAUGGAGACGGUUUGUGGAAUUUAAAGUGCUCAUCGUAGUAAAUUUCGCUUUGUAGAUUUGAAGGUACAGACUUUGACAAGCAAGUUCAUGAAAUCAUGAUUAGUUAACAAACGUUAAGAAAAAUGAAGUUAAAAUAAAUUAUUUUCUAUUUGAUAUGCUUUGAAGUGAUUCCUCAUUUUGCAGUGGUGCCUCUGAAAUAAACGCCUUUUGCAAAGUU